UAGAAUAGUGGUGGCUGUGGGUAAAAGUUGUUGGGACUUGGAUGCCUCCUUUGCUUCCUCCCUCUCUCGCUCUUUCUGCAUUCCCUCUAAAAUUUUCAUCCCCUUCGCUCUCUCUUUCACUUCUCCAGCGCUGUUUAUCUUGGUCCUGAGCGGGAUUCAGAGAAUGAGAAAUUCAAAGGAGCAAGUAUUGUGCAGCACAGAACCUUUGACUCUGAGCAGCUCUUUGAGGAGAAAUGACUCAGUUCUUGACUUCAUUUCUGCGGUUAAAGGGUUGCAUAAGCUAACUUCACAGGAGCUUGGCAGGCUAAUAAGGGAGGCAGAAAACAGUGUUAUUCAUUGCACAGCUGAAAAUGGAUGUCAAGUCCAGAUUGAUGUAGAUAGGCUUGCAAGGCAUCUUCCUUUACACCUUAUUGCAGCACUUGUAAAUUGGAGACCGGAUGAAGCACUAUUUGAAUAUUUGUUAUCUGGGUUUAGACUGCUGCACUCAUUGUGUGAUUUGGCACCUCGGCCCCCUAAGAUUGAACAGAUAUUCGUGGAUGAUACAAAAGUAUCCGAGCAGAUACUUGACCUUAUCUUUUUUGUGCUUGCUAUUCUUGCUACUUGCAGACAGGAACACAACAUUUCCGAUCAGCUGGUUCACUUGCAUUCAACACUGGUUUCCUCCAGUCUGUAUUUAUUAACAGCGUGUGUCUCUUCGCAAUGGCAAGAACUUACUCAACUUUUGCUACAGCAUACCAAGGUUGAUAUAUUUAUGGAUGUAGCUUUUGCUGCUGUGCAACUUGAUAUUCAGUUUCUGCAUACCAGGUUGUCAGCUGAAAAUGCUAAUUUCCAUACUAGUCCAAAUGCUGAAGAAACAUUGAAUCAUCUGUGCCAGCAGUGUGAGGCUUCUAUACAGUUUCUUAUGUCAUGCUGUCAACAGAAGUUAUUUCGGGAGCGCCUUGUGAGGAACAAGGAGUUAUGCGGUAAAGGUGGCGUUCUUUUGCUGGCGCAAACUGUUCUUGAUGUAAAUGUAUCUCCGUUUUUUGUAGAAUCCUCUGCAGUUGUGGCUGCUGUUUCAAGAAUGAAGUCUAAAGUCUUGUCUAUUCUAUUGCAUCUUUGUGAAGCUGAAAGUGUAUCUUAUCUGGAUGAAGUUGCCAGCAACCCCGGAACUCUGAAUUUAGCCAAGUCUAUUGCUCUUGAGGUUCUUGACUUGCUGAAGAAAAUGUUUGGUGGAGAUUCUAAACAACCAAUUGCUUGCUCAGCCAAGAUAUAUCCAAAAGGUCUACUGCAACUGAAUGGAAUGCGCCUUGCAGAUAUAUUCUCUGAUGAUUCAAAUUUUCGAUCUUACAUCACAACAUAUUUUACAGAGGUUUUGACAACUAUCUUUUCACUUCCACAUGGAGAGUUCUUAUCCAGUUGGUGUUCAUCUGAACUUCCAGUUUGGGAGGAAGAUGCCACUCUGGAGUAUGAUCCUUGUGCAGCUGCUGGAUGGGCUUUGGAAUUUUUUUCAUCAUCAGACCUCCUGUAUCCUUGCAGUUUGGAAUCCACUUUCAUUCCCUGCAAUGUCCCUCGAGCAUCGUAUGCACAUCAGAGGACAUCCUUAUUGGUUAAAGUUAUAGCAAACCUCCAUUGUUUUGUCCCUGACAUAUGCAAAGAGGAGAAAGAUCUCUUUCUUAACAAGUUUCUUCAGUGCUUGCAAAGUGAGGUCCCUAAAAUUUCUCAUAGGAUUUCAGCUCUUUCUGAUGCUGAAAAAGCAAUCAUUGUUAAUCGCAACCUGAGUUCACUACUUAGUCACGCGGAGUCUCUAAUUCCAGGCUUUCUAAAUGAAGAGGAUGUGCAGCUUCUGAGGGUGUUCAUUAGUCAGUUGGAAUCUCACAUUAAGCCAGCUCUAUUUGAAGAGAAUCAAGUUCAGGAUGAUCAAAGCAAAGGACAGUUGUUACCUUUAGUGGACGCUUCUAAUUCCAAUAACAGAAGUGACGAUUUCAAGGGAAAUUUGUUGAAGACUGCUGCUUUCAAUGAAGCGGAUUCAUUCAAUUUCAGGGAGAAUGGCGUGGAUAAAAAAUCAGUAGAUGUGGGGAAGAGGAUUGAUAAAGUUAAAUGUAAUGGAGAUGCAGGACAAAUAAAGAGUGAUACUCAAAAUUUUGUAAUGAUUGAGCCAGACGUAAGUUCUAUGGGAGGAAAAGCUCCUACUAAUCAGAUUGUUGACAAUGAAUCCACCAAAGAUGUGUCUGUGCACAUCCAACGAGAGGAAAAGAUGGAGACUGUACAGAAUGAAGAGAAGCACCAAAGAAAGCGGAAGCGAACCAUAAUGAAUGAUAAGCAGGUGGCUCUGAUCGAAAAGGCACUCGUGGACGAACCUGACAUGCAUCGUAAUGCUGCAUCACUGCAAUUAUGGGCUGAUAAAUUAAGUGAUCUGGGUUCUGAGGUGACUCCUUCCCAGCUAAAAAAUUGGCUGAAUAAUCGCAAAGCAAGGAUGGCUCGUGUUCGUGUGCUGUCUGAUGGGGACAAUGCUGAUAAGCAAAGUGCUCCUGUAAACCUUCCUCCACAUGACUCUCCUAGCUGUCCUGUUGGAGAUGUUAAGGUAGUUUCAACUGCAAAGGGGAAUCAAACGAGUGGAAUUGGAGAUGCGAUAGUGAAAGCUUGCAGUAAUGAGAGUUCAAGGAUCUCACUUGCAGCUCCAAUUGAAAUUGCGCAGUCAGAGCCUGUCAACCUUGAGCCAGGGCAGUAUGUUUUGCUCUUAGAUCAAAAUGCGAAAGUGAUAGGAAACGGAAAAGUGCAUCAGGUAAAUGGGAAUUGGUACGGAUAUAACUUGAAGGAUUCGGGGACUUUCGUUGUGGACAUUAUGGAUCUUAGCAUUGAGAGAUGGGCCAAGCUUCCAUACCCAUCUGAAUUUACGGGUAUUUCAUAUGAUCAAGCUGAAAAAAAGCUUGGCUCAAUGCGAGUCUUGUGGAAUUCUACCAAAGUUUCUGGGCUACCAUCACGGUGAACCUGGCUGCAGCUUAUCGUGGAGGGGUCUGACAACGAUCAUUAGUCAAUUCAAUCCUGCAAGCUGCACAUACUUCAAAUUAUCCCGUGUUGUUUGCAAGCCCUCGGCUGUCACGUUUUCAUGCGCUUAAGGUGGGAUGUGGAUGCAGAUGCAGAUUUGAUAUUUCAUCUAAGCCCUUGGCUAUCAUGGUUUUAUGAACUCAAGGUGCGAAGCAGAUGCAGAUACAGAUUCGCUAUUUCAUCUACUUCCUUGCUUGCUCCAGUUACAGAGGCAAAGUGGAGGGUGUGACUCCAAAAGUUUGUAUUGAGUUUGAUGCGUGGUGAUGUCUUGGCCUCCUGCUGUAUUGGACCGGGCCGGGCUGGCCCUAUGCCGCUGGAACAGUUGCUCAAUUCGUCUGGGUAUCUCUGAGGGCUGUGGAUAUUAAUCCCAUGCUCUCUUUCCCAAUGUUCGCCAGGAUGUGACCUGGCAAGGGAAUCAUUAACAGGAUGCAACCCAAUGGGACUGACGGUUAUCGCAGAGCCAUAAGCUCGAUCUCAUAAACCAGCUGAAACUCGCAAGUCAAAAUGCUUAAAGCCAGGGUUGCGGAGUUCUCCGUUCAGGACAUUUGGGGGGUGAAGCUAAGUCGGAAGAAGAAGAGCAGAUGACUCUCUGGCGAACAUUGGGAAACCGGAUGCUCAAAAUGUUUUUUGGUAUUUUCGCAUUUCAAAUUUUCGUCCUAUGAAGAGUGGCAAAUUUUGCAGGAGGAUUGGGUGAAAGUGAGUAUAUUUGCAAAUUUGGCGUUAGUCCUUAGCUGUACUUGAAAGGGAGAGAUGAAGAAUCGCAGGAACCAUCACCACUACUUUGAGGCCCUAUUCAUUCGUCUGAAUUGUAGUAAUUUCGGGUGAAACGCAGUUUUGGUUUCUAACAUUUGGUACUUGUACUAUUUUAGUCCUUGAAGUUUUGAUAGAAACAAAUUUAGUUCCCAAUGUUCAGCACUUGGUAUUGAUUAUCUUAUCUAAGAGGAUGGAUUUUCUCGCGAAAUUAGUUACA